GCAAUUAUAAUUAAGAACUUAAUCAAAUACUAUAUUAGUAUAUAACUAAUAAUUCGGAAACCAUGCGUAUAAAAAAGAUAAUUGACUAUUGACUAACACCACAAAUACUUCAUCAACCGCCAUUAACAAUUAGUCCAUUUUCCACCGCAACAGCGUUGAUCAAAGGUGAAAAUAUCUACACAUCUUCUCUGUUCAUUUUCCUGAAAACGUUCAUGAUUAAUGAGCCCUAGAAAUUCAUCUCUUCGUUGUGAUCAUCGGGUGAAAGCGCCUAAAAAACUUCAAACGAGCUGGUGCUGCUAUAAAUAUCCAAGUUGUUGGCGUAUUUCCUGAGGAAAGAGAUGGCGGAGAGAGAAGUGGACGAAGAGUGCGACGAGGAGCGGGCGAAGAGCGAUGAAGAUUUGGAGACGAACAGCGAAAGUAUUCUCGCCGCGAUCAAUAUUGCUCUGAUCCUCUCUUCUCUCUCACCAUCUGAUCGCGACGAGCAGCGCCUGAAUCUGGAGGAGAGAGAGAGUGGAAUCAGAGGUAAAAACAGUGGAUCUAGAUCGGAUUUCCCCGCGAGAAGCCAGCAAGUGAGCGGAUUCAGCCGUGCUCUUGAACGGCAGCAGACGUCGAAGGUUCAAGCUAAGAUCAGAGACUGCAGUUUUUGUUUUCAGGCACAGCAGAAGAUUGUGAUGCGUAAACGACAUAGAAACACAUGUAGAUAGAUCGAUAUAUCAUACUAUAUGCAUCAUCGCCUACAAUCUAUUUUUGGCAUUAUUUAGUGUUAUGUAAUGUAUUAUUCCUCAAUCUAUCAUCAUAGUAUACCUGGGCUAAUUGCAUGUGAAAUAUUGAACUUUUAUCAAAUUUUAAUUUUGCAUAUAAAUUUUAAAAUGUAGUAUGAACGUGAUAA